UUUGAGGAGGUGGCUGUGUAUUUCACUGAGGCAGAGUGGGCCCUGCUGGAUCCAAACCAAAGAGCUCUCUACAGGGAAGUCUCGCUGGAGAACUAUAGGAGCGUGGCCUCUCUGGGGGAGAAACCUUUUGAAUGCUCUGAGUGUGGAAAGAGAUUCAGACACAGUCGCAGUCUUCAAAAUCAUCUAAGAACCCACACAGGAGAGAAACCUUUUGAAUGCUCUGAGUGUGGAAAGAGAUUCAGUCAGAAUGGCAGUCUUCAACGGCAUCAAAGAAUACACACAGGGGAGAAACCUUUUGAAUGCUCGGAAUGUGGAAAGAGAUUUAGUCACAGUAGCAGUCUUCAAAAUCAUCAAAGAAUCCAUACAGGAGAGAAACCUUUUGAAUGCUCACAGUGUGGAAAGAGAUUCAGUCGCAGUGGCAGUCUUCAGCUGCAUCAAAGAACCCACACAGGAGAGAAACCUUUUGAAUGCUCUGAGUGUGGAAAGAGAUUCAGUCACAGUAGCAGUCUUCAAAGUCAUCUAAGAACCCACACAGGAGAGAAACCUUUUGAAUGCUCAGAGUGUGGAAAGAGAUUCAGUCAGAGUAGCAAUCUUCAAAAUCAUCUAAGAACCCACACAGGAGAGAAACCUUUUGAAUGCUCGGAGUGUGGAAAGAGAUUCAGUCAGACUGGCAGUCUUCAACAGCAUCAAGGAACCCACACAGGGGAGAAACCUUUUGAAUGCUCGGAAUGUGGAAAGAGAUUCAGUCAUAGUAGCCAUCUUCAACGGCAUCAAAGAAUCCACACAGGAGAGAAACCUUUUGAAUGCUCACAGUGUGGAAAGAGAUUCAGUCGCAGUAGCAGUCUUCAGCUGCAUCAAAGAACCCACACAGGAGAGAAACCUUUUGAAUGCUCGGAGUGUGGAAAGAGAUUCAGUAGCAGUAGCAGUCUUCAAAAUCAUCUAAGAACCCACACAGGAGAGAAACCUUUUGAAUGCUCGGAGUGUGGAAAGAGAUUCAGUCAGAGUAGCCAGCAUCAACGACAUCAAAGAACCCACACAGGAGAGAAACCUUUUAAAUGCUCUGAGUGUGGAAAGAGAUUCAGUCGCAGUUGCAGUCUUCAGCUGCAUCAAAGAACCCACACACGAGAGAAACCUUUUGAAUGCUCUGAGUGUGGAAAGAGAUUCAGUCACAGUAGCAGUCUUCAAAGUCAUCUAAGAACCCACACAGGAGAGAAACCUUUUGAAUGCUCAGAGUGUGGAAAGAGAUUCAGUCAGAGUGGCAGUCUUCAACAGCAUCAAGGCACCCACACAGGGGAGAAACAUUUUGAAUGCUUUGAGUGUGGAAAGAUAUUUAGUCACAGUAGCAGUCUUCAACGACAUCAAAGAACCCACACAGGAGAGAAACCUUUUGAAUGCUCUGAGUGUGGAAAGAGAUUCAGUUACAGUAGCAGUCUUCAAAAUCAUCUAAGAACCCACACAGGAGAGAAACCUUUUGAAUGCUCAGAGUGUGGAAAGAGAUUCAGUCAGAGUGGCAGUCUUCAACAGCAUCAAGGAACCCACACAGGAGAGAAACCUUUUGAAUGCUCAGAGUGUGGGAAGAGAUUCAGUCAGAGUGGCAGUCUUCAACAGCAUCAAGGAACCCACACAGGAGAGAAACCUUUUGAAUGCCCAGAGUGUGGAAAGAGAUUCAGUCAGCGUAGCCAUCUUCAACUACAUCAAAGAAUCCACACAGGAGAGAAACCUUUUGAAUGCUCAGAGUGUGGGAAGAGAUUCAGUCAAAGUGGCCAUCUUCAAAAGCAUCAAAGAACCCACACAGGAGAGAAAACAUGA